GCCCAGCCCCAGCAGUGGAUUCAUUUGAUUAUAGCGCACAGCCGCAUGCUGGGCAGAGGCAGAGCCGCCGCCACGCCCGCGGCACCACAUCUCUCCGCCUCCUCCUUCCACUCCCUCCCUCAAUCUGUAAACAAACAAUAAACCCAUCGCCGCACCCAACCCAACCCAACCCACCCCCACCUCCACCCCUUCAAUCCCGAAGUGGGCGAAACUCGGGGGGACAUUCCGGAUUCGUUCCCCUCCCCGUAGCGUGUGGAUUGGAGUUGGAGUACUCCGCUCAAAUCGCCGCACAUUGCUUCAGGGCGGCAUUCGCAAGAACCGCGAUAGGCAGCUGAUGCCGAUCUGAUCCGUCGGAUUCUAGGCCAUCACACUACCUGCAUUUUUUUCUGUGUGCUAUCAUGGAAGAUGAUUCGUCAUGGGAAGCUCUUCCAAUUGAGCGCAUCAGAAUUCCUGCAUUCAACUUUCGAGUUAUUUCAGAGGCUAGCAAUGGAGAAAAUGAAUUGCCAGUUUCAUUGGAUGCCGCAGUUCCUGAUGACAUUCUUGAGAAAAUUUUCACCUUCUUGCCAAUAGCAAGCAUGAUAAGGUCAACAGCGGUAUGCAAGAGAUGGCAUGAUAUUAUCUACUCAAGCCGGUAUCUUUGGACCCACAUGUUGCCUCAGAGGCCCUGGUACUUCAUGUUCACCUGUAACGAGACUGCUUCUGGAUAUGCUUAUGACCCCAUCCUCCAUAAAUGGUAUGAUUUAGAGCUUCAAGGCAUUGAUAAGAGCAGCUGUUUUGUCUCUUCUUCUUGUGGGCUAGUUUGCUUCAUGGAUAAUGACAACAGAAACAUCAUUUCUGUAUCUAACCCUAUUACAAAAGAUUGGAAAAGGCUGUUGGAGCCCCCAGGUGCAAAGUUUCCAGAUUACAGCACUGUUGCCUUAAAGGUAGAUCAGGUGACUCACAAUUACACUGUUACAUUGGCGAAAUCGAAGCAGGUACCUGAGGAUUAUGUCCAAUGGGAAUUCUCUUUAUACAAGUACGACUCGUGGAGUAGUUCAUGGGUAACUGCAGUGAAGGAGGUGUUCAUUGGUUGGAGAGGGGGUGACGAUAGUGUGAUAUGUGGUGGAGUCUUGUACUGCUUGAUCCAGUCCACAGGUGUUCUUGGCAAUGUUGAGCCCCGUCACAGGCUCAUCAUGUAUGACCUUGUUGCGGGACCUUCUGAAACUUCACUAACGCAAUCGUCAAUCCCUGUACCUUGCUCUCUCACCUGCGGGCGUCUACUAAACCUGAGAGAGAAGCUGGUAAUGGUCGGCGGGAUAGCAAAGCCCAAUAGACCUGAUAUCAUCAAGGGAAUCGGUAUAUGGGAGCUUGACAAGACACAAUGGCAAGAGGUGAGUCGGAUGCCUCACAAAUUCUUCCAAGGAUUUGGUGAGCUGGAUGAUGUUUUUUGUAGCGGCGGUGCCGACGACCUUGUCUACAUCCAAAGCUAUGGUGCAACUGCUUUGCUUGGAUUUGACAUGAAGCAGAGGCAAUGGAAGUGGUCGGCAAAAUGCCCUGUGAGCAAAAAGUUUCCUCUCCAGCUGUUCACUGGCUUUUGCUUUGAGCCUCGGCUGGAUAUUACCACCUAAUACUUGUACCGGUCUGUACCGUUGAUUUGCUCGGAAUCAAACAAAACCAGUGAUCCUCGUCUUUUGUGGAAGAUGGAUGAUAAACUCUCUCCCUCUCUUAAUUUAUUUUCCCGUGAUUGAUGCAAUUGUCUCUGUGAUGAGAUUAAUAUUUUGGAAUGCAGUGUUGCUGAGUCA